GUGUGCUCACCGCUACCUGCUAGUAAUGUCUUUGAGAAACACACAGGCACAGUGAAGACUUCAUAGCUCACUGCUAUCCUGUUUCAGCUCAUAUCCUGUCUGUGAUAAGGACACCACUUUAUCUGAAAACACAGCAGCCUACUGUGAGCUAUCAUAGAUUUCAUAGAGAAAUACGAAUUAUCUGCUGUUCAUUGCAUUCCAAUAACAGAAACCACAAGGGACUACAAAUUGUGGAGUAGGACAAUCUUCCAGUGAGUACAGUCGCCUAUACCUCACAAUCAGAAGGCUACAAUGGCAUUCUCUCCAGUGAUUGGAUCCUUUGUCGCUGCGGACUAUGCUGUCUUUGCUCUGAUGCUGCUGGUGUCUGCAGCCAUCGGGAUGUACUAUGCCAUCGUCGGAAGGGGCCAGAGCAGCUCCAGAGAGUUUCUGAUGGGGGGCCAGAGUAUGACAGCCGUACCUGUGGCUCUGUCCCUGACUGCCAGCUUCAUGUCGGCUAUCACAGUACUGGCCACCCCAGCCGAGGUGUACCGAUACGGGGCAAGCUACGGCCUCUUCAGCCUCUCCUAUGUGCUGGUGGUGGUGGUCAGCUCAGAGGUCUUCCUCCCUGUCUUCUACAGGCUAGGCAUCACAAGUACCUAUGAGUAUCUGGAGAUACGGUUCAACAGAGCCACCCGUCUGUUAGGGACAGUGAUGUUCAUUGUUCAGACUAUGCUCUACACCGGAAUAGUAAUUUAUGCUCCAGCUCUGGCAUUAAACCAAGUGACUGGGAUGGAUCUCUGGGGUGCUGUCAUUUCAACGGGAGUGGUUUGCACCUUUUACUGCGCUAUGGGCGGUCUGAAGGCGGUGGUGUGGACAGACGUGUUCCAGGUGGGCAUCAUGGUGGCAGGCUUCCUGUCUGUCAUCAUCAGAGCCGUGGUCCUGCAGGGAGGAGUCUCCAACAUCCUCAACCACGCAGAGCUCGGAGGACGACUCAACUUCUGGGACUUUGAUGCUAGUCCACUGAGGAAGUACACCUUCUGGACAAUCACAUUUGGAGGCACGUUUGUCUGGACCAGUAUCUAUGGGAUCAACCAAGCCCAGGUGCAGAGAUACAUCUCUUGCAAAUCCAUGACUCACGCCAAAAUGUCUCUCUACAUUAACCUAUUAGGAUUGUGGAUCAUCAUGCUGUGUUCUGUGUUUGCGGGGCUGUGUUUGUACUCCGUCUACAAGCACUGUGACCCCUGGACAGCAGGCAUGGUGUCUGCUCCAGAUCAGCUGAUGCCAUAUAUGGUGAUGGACAUCCUGAGAGACUACCCUGGACUGCCAGGAUUGUUUGUGGCUGCAGCCUACAGUGGGACCCUAAGUACGGUAUCGUCCAGUGUCAAUGCUCUGGCUGCCGUGACUAUUGAAGACCUGAUCAAGCCGUACACUCACAUGACAGAGAAACACCUGUCCUGGACCUCUAAAGGCCUCAGCUUUCUGUAUGGUGCUCUUUGUAUUGGAAUGGCUGGCAUAGCCUCACUCAUGGGAAGUCUGCUGCAGGCAGCUAUCAAUAUCUUUGGGAUCAUCGGAGGGCCUUUACUGGGUCUCUUCUCGCUGGGGAUCCUCUGUCCAUACGCCAAUGCCACAGGGGGCUUGGCUGGUCUGCUCUCUGGGCUGGUUAUGUCUCUGUGGGUGGGGAUAGGGGCCCAGUUUUACCCUCCUCUACCAGAGCAGAGCAGGCCUCUGGGUCUGACCACACAUGGCUGUAACUUCACAACCGCAGCCUAUGCGUUCAACUGGACCACAUCCCCAACAGAACCAAGCCUAUACACCACAGUACUACAGCAAAAUACAGCAGAGAGACCCUUCCUGGCUGAUAACUGGUACUCCCUGUCCUAUCUCUACUUCAGUCCUAUUGGGACACUUACAACACUGGCUGUUGGACUGGUGGUCAGUCUACUUUCAGGGGGUAUGAAGUUGAAUUUGGAACCAACUGUGACUUUGAUGAAAGAAGAUACAAUGUUAUUUUGCUUUUACAAGCUCUUUAAAGAAAGGGCCAUGAGACGAGCCAGAAAGCUGGACCUCACAAAAAACAGAGAGAACCAAUUGGGAAACAAUAACCCCGGCUUCUGCAAUGUCCACGAGUUGGAUUUCACAAAGAGCAGUCUUCCUACAUGACAUACUGAUAAAACCAUGACUUUAACAGUUGCUCUUUCUUCUCAUACUUCUCCCUCCCCAGUGCCGCUGUUUUUCACGUGACUCAUGAAUGUCCUGACAGAUUGUAUCUAUAUCUCAUCUAUAUCCUCAUAUUUCUAUAUACAGAGCCUUCAGAAAGUAUUUUUCCUCAUUUUGUUGUGUUACAGCCUGAAUUUAAAAAACUAUUCUCACCCAUGAUAUGCUUAAAGGUAAUGAUUAGAAUAUUCCACCCUGAAACCAUAUAAUUGUAUGAGAUUUAUUAGAAUCAUAAAACUAUAAUCUGAUGAUGUGUGUAGUUUUAGUCAGAAUUAGAACAAUGACCUUUUGUUCCUUUUUUAGUAUGUAAGCAGGGUGCAAGUGUGAAACAAAUGAUAAGAGGAGCUAUCGACAAACAAGCUGUACCACUGUGUUCCUUGCAGGACAUUCUGUCUCCACCCGUGGAGGGGAGAAACUGUUAGGCUUGCAGAAAAUUAUGAAGCAUGUUGCAGAUUAAAGAAACAAUGUAUCUGUGUAGUGGAAAAACACAGACUGUCUGAGCAAGGCGUAGUUUAAGAUUUGAACUUGUUUGUGUGUUAUAAAGACUGUGUUUGUAUAAUGGACUUUAGAAUGUUCUGGUGAAUAAACUGUACUAUCUUUUA